CGAUAAGCCAAGAAAACCUUAACAGCAACAAAGAAGCCCACAUUCAAGACCUGGAAACGGCACUAGUAAAAAUGGUAACUAUUUUGGUAAAAAUAUGCUCUACAUUACAGUGAUCCAUGUACAAGAUUCUGACCACUUCAAAGAAUUUAUGUGAUUGGGCCCAUUUCUAGCACCGGGCAGUGAUACAGCAGCAGAAUUCUUGAUGACAAAAACAGUGGCAGUUGAACCUGCCUUCAAUGAAUCGAAAGCUCCCAUCUAAUGCCCAACCUACUACCUGUACAUAUAUAGAUGUCAAGGUCCCUAAAAUGCGAGUGAUUCAAGUGAUUUUCUCUUGUUCAUUUACUUAUUUCUUUUUUGCAUCCAUCGUCCCAUCCCAAUAUGGCCUCUAGUGGAAAGCUCGAUGUAGAAGUUCACAUCAAAUCUUCUCCAGAUAAGUUCUGGAAUAGCAUUAGGGACUCCACAACUCUCUUCCCUAAGGCCUUUCCUGACCAAUACAAGAACAUUCGAGUACUCGAAGGCGACGGAAAGGCUCCUGGUUCUGUUCGCCUCUUCACUUACGCUGAGGGUUCUCCGCUUGUUAAGGUAUCGAAAGAGAGGAUCGAUGCUGUUGAUGAAGCAAGCAAGCACGUCGCUUACAGUGUGAUUGAAGGUGACCUCCUGAAAUACUACAAGACUUUCAAGGGCUUCAUAUUUGUUGGUUCUGUUGAAGCAUGUAAUACUAUUGCUUCAAACUCUAAAUUUUCUACAAAUUCCAUGAUAUAGUUUGUGUAUUUUGUUUGAAUUCAGAUUCUGAAAUCUAGCUGUAAAAGUAGAUGUGAAAUGUUCAAACUUGUAAGACUAAUUUUCUAAGUAAGGUGCUUCAUCCCUCUCUUAGUUGAUUAGGUAGAAAUUAUGUAAUAUUUAGCUCUAUAAAUAAUCAUGUACUGCAGAAAGUGUGUAAAAAAGAAAAGCAAGAAAUCUAUCUUAUUUUCAACAGAAAUCUCUCAUAUUUUUUCUUAGUUUUUCUUCUUUCAAAUCCAACAAAUGGUAUCAGAGCUCUAUUGAUCUUAAGGGAGCAAAUAAGAGUUUUCUCUUGUUGAAGAAACAUGGCUGAAAAUGCUUCACUUCCAGCACCACCAGUAUUCAAAGGGGAGAACUACAACUUUUGGUCUGUCAAAUUGAAAGCUUUUCUCAUGGCAUAUGAUAUGUGGGAGACAGUUGAGAAGGGUUUUGAACCAUUACUUCAAGACAAUCCUACUAUUGCUGAGAUGAAGAAACAAAAGGAAGAUUCAACAAAGAAUUUCAAAGUACUCUCAUUUCUCCAUUCAGCAGUAGAUGAUUCAAUAUUUCCAAGAAUUAUGGGGGCAACAACUACAAAAUCAGCCUGGGAUGCUCUUCAGGAGGAGUUUCAAGGUUUAGAAAAGGUAAGAGCUGUUAAGUUGUUAAAUUUGAGAAGGGAAUUUCAAUCAUUAACGAUGAAUGAAGAAGAGAUUAUUAAAGAUUAUGUUUCAAAACUAGUUAAGGUUGUUAAUGAAAUGAAAAUUUAUGGAGAGAAUAUUUCAGAUCAAAUGAUUGUGGAUAAUGUAUUAGCAAGUAUACCAAACAAAUUUGAGCCAAGAAUUGCAGCAAUUGAGGAAUCAAAAGAUCUUAGCAAGCUAUCUAUCAAUGAACUAAUUGGAUCUUUGCAAGCUCAAGAGCAAAUAUUCAAUCUCAAAUUUGAAAAAUCUACUGAAGGUGCAUUUCUAGCAAGGAACAACUUCAAAGAUUCAUCUUCUAAAGGAAGCAAGUUCCUACCAAGAAAGUAUUCUCCAUGUGGCAUAUGUAAGAAAACCAGUCAUGAAGACAAAGAUUGUUGGCACAAGGGAAAGCCACAAUGCUUCAAAUGUAAAAGGUUUGGGCAUGUACAAAAAGCUUGUAGAUUCAAGGAACAGAACACAUCAAACACCUCAAAUCUAGCACAAGAAAAAGAAGAAGAAGAAUUUCUGUUCUAAGGAACAAGAAAUUCACUGGUGAGAAGUGCACCAGACAAACUAGAAAAAUGAUGAGAAGUGCACCAGAAAAUGAAAAUCAAAACAAUGGAGAGAUGUACACCAAAAGUGAAUGAAGAAUGUUGGAGAGAAUUGCUCCAUGAAGAAAGAAUUGGAGAGAUGUGCUCCAAAGACAAUCAAUCAAAGCAGAAAAUUGGAGAGAUGUUGCUCCAAGACAACUUAAUUUGGAGUCUUCAGCAAAAGUAUCAAGGAGGAGUGUUGAAGCAUGUAAUACUAUUACUUCAAACUCCAAAUUUUCUACAAAUUCCAAUGAUAUAGUUUGGGUAUUUUGUUUGAAUUCAGAUCCUGAAAUCUAGCUGCAAAAGUAGAUGUGAAAUGUUCAAACUUGUAAGACUAAUUUUCUAAGUAAGGUGCUCCAUCCCUAUCUUAGUUGAUUAGGUAGAAACUAUGUAAUAUUUGGCUCUAUAAAUAGCCAUGUACUGCAGAAAGUGUGUAAG